AUGCUCGAGUUUCUACGAAUCCCCGACAACUUUGCCAUCAUGACGGGACAGGCAACGAAGAACAAAGCCGUGAAAUGUGGGCAAAAGAUCACGCGAGCGCAAGGGCACCAAAUGCUUGCCGAGCACGUCAAAGCAGUCGUUGGGGCAUCUAACGACCCAGACAACCCCAACGACCCAGAAAACGACGAGUACUGGGUCGCCAACGACAUCGAAGACCCAGGACAAGCAAUGGAUGCGCCAAAGACACCGUUGAUCGAGGCACAUGGUGCGAAGGCAACCAGUCGUGGGGCGACACCUGUGAUUGCCCGCCAGUUCCCUGUCUCUGAAAAGAGACUCACCCCGCGCAAGGACUUUGCUGCCGUAUAUAAUGGAUGCCCAGAGCCAAAUGACUCAGUUCGAAUGCGAAAAGUUUGA